AUGGCCCGGGUGAUCGGCCCUUGCGCUCUGCUCGUGCUGCUCGUGGCGUGCAGCGCGCUCGCGGCCUCCGCGGCGCGCGAGGAGCCGAGCGGAGCCCGGCAGCUGUGGGGCGGCGACGGAGGGAGAGGGAGGAAGGUGGGGGCAAGGACGGAGGUGAGGCACGUGGAGGAGAACAGGGAGGUGCAGGAGCUGGGUCGCUACUCCGUCGCCGAGCACAACCGCCGCCAGCGGGAGGAGGAGGGCGACAUCCGCGGGCGGCUGGAGUUCCACAGGGUGGUGUCGGCGCAGCGCCAGGUCGUCGCCGGCAUCAAGUACUACCUCCGCGUCGCCGCCGCCGACGACCGCGUCUUCGACGCCGUCGUCGUCGUCAAGCCCUGGCUCCAGUCCCGCGCGCUGCUCAGGUUCGCGCCCGCCGACGUCGAGUGA